UGCAGUUGGAGUCCCCUCUGCUUUGUCCUCACCGGAUUCAGUUAUUCCGCCUCCCCCACCCCCUGGAAUGGGUAUACCACCACCACCACCACCUCCAGGAGGAGGCGCCCCUCCACCACCCCCGUUUGGUUUAGGUCCGGCCGCAACGUUUCCUCCUAAACCUCUGGUGAAACCAAACGUGAAAGUUCGACCUUUCUUUUGGACAAAAGUCCCAAAUAACCUGGUAAGAAAAUAACUACAUUCAAGCUCGUUUUGAAGAGGAAACUUAGACGCAUUGCCUUUAUUUAAAAUCUGACAUGACCCAUUUUCGGCUCUGUCUCAAAGAAAACUUGUCAAUCGUUCAUAUUUUAUUCUCAAAAUAUCUCUUUACAACUCUCUAUAGCUUUUAUCAUCAAUGUGGGGCAAAGCACAGGAUAGAUUGGACGAGUUGGAUGUCAAAAUGAUUGAAGAUUUAUUCCAAGUCGAAGAGAAACCUAAUGCACCUGAUUUAGGUAGUAAUAGUUUAUUUUUUAUUUUGUAGCAGUAGUUGCUGUCUGAAUUACUUGAAUGAGAUCGAGGCUAUGUUUCCACUAUACCAGAUACCUUUCUGUAGCGGCGCGAAAAAACACCUAUCCGAUACGGAAUGUACAACUUUCAGUAGCUGAGCGAAACAACAUCUCUCCGUUGCAAUAAUUCCUCUGAAAACAGCGUUCAUAAAAGGUAUGGAUAGGUGUUUUUUCACGUCGCCAAGGAAAACUCUCCGAUACAAUGUAAACGUAGCCUUAAAUCAUUUCAUUGUUCCCGAAGGCAUUUAUAAAGUUACUAUAGGAUUAAAAAAGAUCAGAAGAUAACGUCUGUAGAAUAUUUUUUCUGUUUUUUUUUUGUUAGCUCAAAUUGCGAAGAAAAAUGCAUCCAAGAGUUUGCUGGAUAAUAAAAGGGCACAGAAUUUAGGUGAGCACUGAGGAAAGCGUCGAUCGUAUUAGAGUAACAUUGACACGAUUUGUUUACUCGUUUCCGAAAUUUCUCCCUUUCUAGGAAUUUUCUUGAGUGGAUUUAAAUUGAACGCGCAAGAUGUGGACAGGAGAUUGAAUUUCAUUGAUGAAAAUGAUGGUGGACUACCUUUAGAAAUUGUCAUUUCUCUCAAAAGAUUUCAACCGAGCACAGAGGAAACGGAAAUGUAUAAAAACUACAAAGGAGCGAAGGAAGACCUUCCCAAAACUGACCAUUUUAUGAUCAAGGUACACACGUAAAAACGCACAAGUUGUGACAAACUUGCAGCAGACUUGUAGCAAUGCUGUUCCAACAAUUGUCAACACGAUGUGUUCGCACUGCUUGUUGACAACUUGCUACAAAGUUGUUUAGCUCAACAGACUUGUUACAAGUUAUUCCAACUUGUUAUCGUCCUGCAAUUCAACAAUUUGUCAACAAGUUGUGAGUGACAACCUUGUAGCAAAUUGAUAAAAAACCCCGCAUUGUCACAGCUUGUUGACAAGUUUGCUACAAGCCUGCGAACACAUCUUGUUGACAAGUUGUGAGAUUUUUACGUGUGCAGGUCGGACCUUUCUUUUUUAUCAUACGUCAUCCCAGGUUUGUUGCUUUCCUUGUUUACAAAUUCUUUAUCUUUUCUUUUUUGUUUCAGCUUUGUGAGAUUCCUGACUUGAAUGCUCGCUUAGACUUGUUGUUAUUCAUUCUGGAAUUUCCACUUCAAUAUGAAGAGCUUUUUCCAGUGAGUAACUGAGCCACACUUAUAGAUAAACUAAUUUUAUUUAUACUGGGUAAGAAUCAUCCUUUAUUGAUUCAGUGUUACUACAGGAGGAAACUUAAACUACAGUACACUAAUUACUACUAACUCUUGACGAAGGGCCUUCGCUCGAAACGUCGAGUUUCUGCUUGUUUUUUAAGGUAGUAAUAUAACCACUCAGCACAGCAUUUUCACAUUUAUUGGUACUACCUACACUGGUACAGACAGUUUUAGUAUAAUUUUAUUUAUACUGGAUAGCUCUAUCAGUUCCGCGCCCGGCGCAACCUCUUGGCGGCCCUGCGAAUACGAGUGCAUAAUAGUAAAUCUUUUUUAAUAACUUUGCAGGCCGUGUCUUCAGUGUUGCAGACAUGUACAGAAAUUAUCCAUAGUAAGAAAUUCCAAACAGUUAUGGAAUAUGUGCUUGCCAUUGGCAACUAUCUCAACGGCGGUACCAGCCGAGGAGGAGCUCACGGUUUUCAAAUUUCAUCACUUCCCAAGGUGCAGUAAUUAUGUUGGUACAUAUACGGGGCGUGCGUAUCAGUAUCCCUAUAUGGGGUAUCUCAUAAGCACGCUCAUAGGCACACGAAAAUGAUGCAGUUUGGUCAUAAGCAUGCUCAUGCAUGAGCAUAUUACAGGAUGUUGGUACAUAUACGGGGCGUGCUUAUGAGAAUCCCUAUAUGGGGUGUCUCAUAAGCACGCUCAUAGACACACGAAAAUAAUGCAGUUUGGUCAUAAGCAUGCUCAUGAGCAUAUUACGCCGAGGCGAGCCGAGGAGGAGCUCACGGCUUUCAAAUUUCAUCACUUCCCAAGGUGCAGUCAUUUUUUCGUUGCCGUAACCGUGUUGGUUCAACAAAAUUUCAUCAAUUUUUUCCCUUGAUCUAUUUGUAGUUAGUAGACACUCGAGGUUGUCAGAAGAGCUACACUUUGUUAAAUCUUCUGGUUGACAUGUUAAGUAUUAAAGAAGAGGAAACAUUGUCGUUAGGACAAGAUUUGUCGAGUGCUAAAUUUGCUGUUGAAGGUAUAAACAUUCUACUUAUUUAUUUUCCCUUCACUCCUACUACAAGUAAUUGACUAAAAUCAGUAGGUUUUCUCCUGUAGUAACACUGGAUCAAUAAGGGAUGACCCUUACUGGACCUCUAAGGAGAACAGUUUAGAACUGAUAGAGCUAUCCAGUAUAAAUAAAGUUAGUUUAGUCUAGGUUUCCUCCUGUAGUAACACUGGAUCAGUAGGGGAUGACCCUUACUGGACCUCUAGGAAGAACAGUUUAGAACUGAUAGAGCUAUAUGCAGUGUAAAUACAGUUAGUUUAGUUGAGAGUCUAUUUAAUUGUGAAUUAUCCAUUUUAGCUUCCGUAAAAGGCCUUACAGCUGAAGUGGAAGGUAUUGAAAAAAUUGUCUUUUAGUACUUGUGGAGGGAAAUUAGAAAAGUUAUUCAUGUCCAUUUAUAUUCUGUAUUUUUCGUUGUAUCCAGUGUUGUGGAAAGGCUUAGCAAAGAUAAAGAAACUGAACUUAGAUCUCCAAGUCAAGCGAAAGACUUCGGACGCUGCAGAUGGAAAAUUCCACGACGACAUUAACGUAUCCUUUGAAAAUACCGUUGAUGAGAGUUGAUGAGUGUUGAUAAGAGUUGAUAAGAGUUGAUGAGAGUUGGUGAGAGUUGGUGAGAGUUGAUGAGUGUUGAUGAGUGUUGAUGAGAGUUGAUGAGUGUUGAUGAGUGUUGAUGAGUGUUGAUGAGAGUUGAUGAGAGUUGAUGAGAGUUGAUGAGAGUUGAUGAGAGUUGAUGAGAGUUGAUGAGUGUUGAUGAGUGUUGAUGAGUGUUGAUGAGUGUUGAUGAGUGUUGAUGAGUGUUGAUGAGAGUUGAUGAGUGUUGAUGAGAGUUGAUGAGAGUUGAUGAGAGUUGAUGAGAGUUGAUAAGAGUUGAUGAGAGUUGAUGAGAGUUGAUGAGAGUUGAUGAGUGUUGAUGAGAGUUGAUGAGUGUUGAUGAGUGUUGAUGAGAGUUGAUGAGAGUUGAUAAGAGUUGAUGAGAGUUGAUGAGAGUUGAUGAGAGUUGAUGAGGGUUGAUGAGGGUUGAUGAGAGUUGAUGAGAGUUGAUGAGAGUUGAUAAGAGUUGAUGAGAGUUGAUGAGAGUUGAUGAGAGUUGAUAACAGUUGAUAACAGUUGACGAGAGUUGAUAGAGUUGGCGACCGAGGCUUUAGAUUGUUGAAAAGAUUACUGAAAGGUUUCCUUAACUUGUGCUGUAGGAAUUUGUCAGUGUAUAUGAAGUUAAACUGAUGGACCUGAACAGUAGAUGUGACAAGAUGAAAGAGAGUUUUGCAAAAUUAUUGGUAGGUUUGACUCACUUAGUCAAACUAGAAGUAUUUCCUUACAUUCGAUUAGAUUAGAUUAAAUUUGAUUGGAUUAGAUUUACACGUUUGAGAAUUAUUUGAAGAGGGUAUACACAUAUCAAAGAUACUCAGUUGCUCUCUAGAAAGUCCAUAUCAUUUUAAUGAGGUUAUGCAAUAACCGAGGUUAGAAACUUGGUAACCAGGUGUCUUGACGUCAGCACGUCACAUGACCGAGAAUGGGAUUAGGCGACACCUAUCAUUCCAAGUCUGACGUCCAAACGACAACAACGUGCGUUUUGAAUUUUUGUGCACUCUUGGCUCAACGGCUUUCCACUUGCAGUCCAGAUUAAAAUUUUAUUUCUACCAAUUUUAAUUGGUGUGAAGGUGUUAGUUCGGUGGAGAAUGGCAGCUCAAGAUGCCAUUGGCAUUAAUCUGAGUCCAAGUUACAAUAGUCAGUCCAGGUCACCCUCCCCCUCCACCAAACGGGUAAAUAUAGUGGACAAGGUGUUGACACGUAUGUUUCUAAUUUUCUUGUAUUAUAACUUUAUAAGAACACAUUAUUUAUAACAUUUUUUAAUGAUAUCGAAAAACUGGGAACAACUGAUAUUUAAAUUCUCUAGACAUUGCUAGGAGAACCAUCGGGGAAGAAUUCUGAAGAAGUGUUUGGAAACUUAAAUAAAUUCCUGACAAGUUUCUCUUCUGUCGUUCAAGAACAGGCAAAAAGCAAAGGCAAAAAGUAAGUUUAACUCGUCCUAGACCACACCAGUCAAAAUCAGUCAUAUUUGAACGACGAUGGUUUUGCAACCUCGAUCAAAGUCCCAAGGGAGUUUUGGUCGUAUAGUGUUAUACGUAGAUUGUUGUUAUACUUAGAGUUCAGUGAUAGGUAGACUGAAAAAACUGACAGUGUCUUUAUAUUUUGCACAGUAACAAUGGUAUUGCCUCUCCUAAGGGAAUUCGAAAAGAUACCAAGGUAAAUAAUUGUGCAUGUUUAACGGUCGAUUGGUGUGUGACUAAUUCAUGUAUUUAGUGAUACUAACUGCGUUUAUACUGGGUAGCUCAGUUCUUAGCUGUUCUUCUAUUGUGGUACAGAGAAUCCAUCUUUUUUUGAGCGGGGUUCUACAGGGUGGGGAUUAGGGGGAUAAAGGCCCCAGGAAAAUGGGAAAUUUUGAGAUUUUUAGUCUUACUCUUAUUCAAACCAGUGAGCAUUUAAAUUUCUGGAGCCGAGUGGAGGGAUUUAAAUUUCUCAGGAGAUGCAAAAUAUUCUUGGGGGAACUCCCCCCUGCAUCGUCUGUACGACAAUCCAUCUAUGCAGACAACUGCAUAUUCCAAGAACGGUAGCCCGGGGGGUGCUACCAACAUCAUCAUUCUCAGAUUAUAUAUUUCUCGUGUUUCGUCUACAGACGCCAAGUAAAGAACAGCUGAACAUGAAACAGAUGAUGGGAGAGUUGAAAGUAAAGCAAAGUAGUGCUAAACAAGAGGAAAAAGAGGUAAGAUAAACAACUUAAAACUAGUUUCCUAUUUAUUCUGACAGAGAAAACGAAAAAUUUGUUGUCUGGGAUUGGAACUCGCAGAUUUCUAGACACCGCCGCUCUAUCGAUUGAGCUAUCGAAAUAUAAAUAACGUAUGCAGUGGAUUCAUAAUCGCUGGAGUAUGCAAUCCAGAAAGCUGCAGAUUGACACAGAUUCAACUACCUGGAAAAUGUACAAAUAAAACUUGACGAAAAUUUUCAAGUAGUUGAAACCAUACCCUCUCCAUCUUUAGCUUUCUGGUGUUAUUACCAGUACUUACGCUGGCACUGACUGUUGGAGCGAAUAUCCAAUCCUCAAUUAUAUUAUUGUGAGAAGAUUUAGGCUGGCCUGACGGUGCUUGUUGUCCUCAGUACUUUUGCUAUAAAAAACUUGUUGUGUUUAAGUCAUAGACUCUUGGCAUCACUAGUUACCAUCCAGUCAGGAUCCAGUGAAUGGACUGUUUCAUUGUCUUCUCAUUGUUUUGAAAAUCCCACAGCACUUCAUGCCAUUCAGUCACAACAAUGCUUCAUUAUCUUUUCAUUAUUUGGAAAAUCUCGCUGUUCUCCAUGCCAUCAAGUCGUCACACUUGUCAAUACCGGAUAUAUACCCAUUGACAUACGAUUUGCAAAGAACCAAAUGAUGGUUUGUUUACAGAAAAUUCUUGAUAAUAUCUUACUUUUAUUUUAGAAAACCAACACAUCGCCCACGAAGCAAGCAUCGUUAAAACGAAAUGCAGUCACAUCGCCCACAAAGCAAGCAUCGUUAAAACGAAAUGUAGUAAGUCCAACGAAGUCAAGCACGUUAAAGUCUCCCAAAAAACCAACACGCCAGGGAACACUUCAGAAACUGAGUGGCGGGAGACACAAACAACCCAAAUGGGACAUCCGCCAUUUUGAAUUAGACGACUCUGGCCAGUUACAUUAUUUCAGAAAAGCUGAUGGGAAAGUGAUCAAUUCAGUAUAUUUACGGGGGGCCCCAGUCAGUAUCAGUGACGAAGACAAACGUGAAAUUAAAAUUGAAACGGAAGAAAGGACAUAUUUCUUAAAAGCGGAGACUAAAGAGGAAGCUUUAACGUGGAAAAAUGAUCUGGCGAAAUACACUUAAUUAACAGUUUUUAUCUGGCCUGCAUUUGUAUUUAGAUUCUUACGAAAUUAUUUUAGAAUCGAAAAUUUUGAAAUUAUAGGAAUAAUGUAUAUAUGUUUAAGUUUUUUUAUAUAAAUUUUAUAAUGGACGAGGAGCCUGUUGCAUAGUUCAAACGUGAUAAAUUUGAUAAAAAUCUAGUUUAUAACUAAUUAAGUAAUUCGUAUGCUUUAAGCUCGAAUGAAACGACAAUGAGAGUGUAUGAGAGUUGGCGGUCACGCGACCAUAGCUGUUCUUAAUGCGGAACCAACACUAUCAUGUAUUUUAUUUAAUUUAAAACAUAGUUGGAACACUCAUCAAAUCUUUAUUUUGUUAAUCUAUAGAGCUUGAAAUGUAAAAAUGCGUGACUGCAACUCUUAUCAACUCUCAUCCUAGUUUGAUAACGUUUUACUAACCAUUAAUUCACAAGUAAUAUCUAGUGUAAGACGAAAUUCAAUGAAUGGUGCAAUCACCUACUAUCCAGAUCCAUCAUCUGGCAAUAACCACAGAGUUAAAUAUUUGGGGUAAACGUCUGUUAUGUCAGAGAAAAGGUAAGUCUCUCUAUAUGCAACAUAUACAGUAUUUAUAAUCAAAGACAAACGCAACAAUUUUUAAGUCUGUUUAGGACUAUGCGUCUGCCUGGCUGAAAUUCAAACUCAUAUUGAGUGUUGUUUUGUGCAGACAUUCCCAAACUGCAUUGCAGGUGGGUGGGGGUGUACUUGGACACAGGAAACAUUCUUUUCUUUGUUUUAAAAUAAUAUUUUUAUAUAUUAGUCUUUCAUUUUAUAUAUUACUCUUAGUUCUUUGAUUUGUGUCGUUUCAUUUUCCUUGUACAACGGCUCACAUCCGUCCUCCGUCCUAUGAAAUAAAAUAUCUGUGAGCGAUAGACUUUGGUUUUUCUUGUACCGUGACUCGCAUCCUUCCAUUUCAGUUGCCAAUUAACCAUAUAUGAACAACGACUGCAAUUUGACUGACGUCUUUGGUCUAGUUUUUGAGGAAUCGCGACAGAGUCUAUCCACGUAGGGGGAGGACAAAGUGUGCAGGUGCAGCAUGCGAAAUACGAAAAGUUCCAGUAUUUAUUUCUAGUGCUAGCAAUUCUUCAAUUAGUGUUUUUGAAGGAAAGACUUAAUUAACUUGAAAUAAAAGAUUCCGAUACACUGAAGAUAUUUCGUGUUGGAGCCAAUAAAUGAUCUAUAAUCAUUACCGUAUCAUUUUAACACCACAGACGCAGUUGGAAAGGACGUUCCAGGUUGUGAUGAUGUAAUCUGCAUAGUGGCGAAAUCAGAGUAAGCAAAUUAUGUUAAUUAGUUUCAUUAUAUGUAGCAGUAUUGUAAUUGAAGACAAUACACCCUUUCGAUAAUUACGUCAUUUGGCCAGGCAGCCUCGCUCGCAUGAAUCGUGAGCCAAUCACCUUGCAUAAUUUACUAACGAGAUCGAGGCUCCAAGAC